CAUUAUUGGAUGAGAAUGUCACAUCGGAGAUGAACUGAUUUCACAUAAUGUUCUGUCAUUGUGAAGAUACCAGACAAUGAGAGAUUUUUUCAUGCAUUCAUUUUUUCCUAUACCGGAAUACAAGUCGAUACACUACAUGUCAUAAUGUUAGCAGAGAGAUGUUUUUCAAUUUACUUUUAUUUGUAUUACGAAACAUGAUAUACUGACUUUUGUUCCGGUUAUACUGAAAAUCUAGCACAACGUGAUAACGUUAAAAAAAAAAAAACAUGACAAAUAACAUCAUCUCACAAUCUCCCGCCAAAUGUGAAGGGGAACUCUGCCAAUGGAUAUACCUGUCAACCUAAGCCUGCAAACACCACCUCCCACACCCAAACAGCUCCAAAUCCAAAACCCAAAACCAGAAGACUGGAACUUGAUCAUAAAGCACCACGCCAGGCUAAAAAAUGACAGUGCAAUCCUCUCAACAUAUACCCAGAUGGAAUCUCUUGGAGUGGCACCGGAUAGCGCCUCUCUGCCUCUGGUUCUCAAGGCAUGUGCGAGGCUGGGCGCCGUUGAGAGAGGCAAGGGAAUACAUUCGAGCAUUCGGAACACGGGUUUGAUGAAAGAUGUUAGAAUUGGGACUGCCCUUGUCGAUUUUUACUUCAAGGGCGGGUUUGUUGAUGAUGCAGUUGACGUGUUUGAUGAAAUGAAGGAGAGAGAUUUGGUUUUGUGGAAUGCUUUGAUACAUGGGUAUGUGGGGUGUUGUUGUUACCGGGAGGCUGUGUUGUUGUUUUUGCAGAUGCAGAAUGAGGGAUUGAGACCGAAUUCACGUAGUGUGGUUGCAUUGCUUUUGGCGUGUAGGGAGGUUUCGGAGUUGAGAUCAGGAAAGGAGAUACAUGGGUUUGGUUUGAGGAAUGGACUUCUUGAUUUGGAUGCUCAUGUGGGUACUGCAUUGAUUGGGUUUUAUCUGAGAUUCGACAUCAAAAUGUCGCGCCUAACGUUUGAUUCGAUGGUUGUGAGGAACAUUGUUAGUUGGAAUGCAAUAAUUACCGGUUAUGUUAAUGUUGGGGAGCACCUGAUGGCCUUGAAGCUUUUUUUGCAGAUGCUUGCGGAUGGUGUUAAGUUCGACUCUACUACACUGCUGGUUGUUAUUCAAGCCUGUGCAGGAAUUGGAUCUAUUGAACUGGGCAGACAAAUUCAUCAAAUGGCUAUCAAGAAUAGUUACAGUGGUGAUCUGUUCACAGUAAAUGCAUUGCUCAAUAUGUAUACCGAGUGUGGAUGUUUUGAGUUGUCGUGUGAAUUGUUUGAAGCUGUCCCCAACCGCGAUGUUGCUUUGUGGAACUCCAUGAUAUCUGCAUAUGUUGAAUAUGGCUUUUAUGAGCAAGCUUUGAGCUUGUUUUCUAGAAUGCGAAUAGAAGGAAUCAAGGAAGACGAAAGAACUAUUGUUGUAAUGUUGUCGGUGUGUGAAAAUUUAGUUGAUGGCUUGAGGAAGGGUAGUUUGCAUGCUCUAGCAAGGAAGAGUGGGAUGAAAAUGGAUGUUUCCCUGGGGAAUAGAUUGUUGAAUAUGUAUGCUGAGCUGAACUGCGUUGAAUUUGUUCAGAAGGUUUUUGCUGAGAUGAAGGAUUCAGACGUUAUCUCAUGGAAUACUCUCAUCCGGGCGUUGGCCUGCAAUGGAUUACAAGACGAAGCAUGGAAAAUGUUUGCGGUGAUGCGAGAUUCUGAAACUAAGCCUAAUUCGCACACAAUAAUCUCUAUCCUUGCUACUUGUGAAGAUGGAACUUGUGUAAAUACAGUGCAAGCAAUUCACGGUUUUGUGAUAAAACAUGGGAUUGAAGUUGACCUCCCUUUAAACACUGCACUAACAGAUAUGUAUAUGAAUUGCGGUGAAGAAGCAACAGCUAGAACUUUAUUUGAGGGAUGUUCCAGCAGAGACGUGAUUGCAUGGAAUUCUUUGAUUGCCAGUUACAUCAGGAACAAUGAAAUUGACAAAGCUCAUUUACUCUUUAGCCGUAUGGUUGUAGAAGUGAAACCCAACUCGGUGACGAUCAUAAAUAUUCUAUCAUCAUGUAUCCAACUUGCCUCUCUGCCUCUAGGUCAAUGCUUGCAUGCUUAUGCAACUAGAAGGCAACUCUCUUUUGGUUUUGAUUUACCUCUUGCAAAUGCUUUUACAUCAAUGUAUGCAAGAAGUGGGAGUAUGCAAAAUGCUGAAAAUAUCUUUAGAAUUUUACCGACGAGGGAUAUUAUUUCAUGGAAUGCCUUGAUUACUGGGUACAGCAUGCACGGUCAAGGAUAUGAUGCUAUUCGUGCGUUCUCACAAGUGAUACAAGAUGGUUUCCGUCCAAAUGGGGCAACUUUUGUAGCUGUUCUAUCUGCUUGCAGGCAUUCUGGUUUGAUAGAGACAGGAUUGCAGCUUUUUCACACUAUGGUACAUGAUUUUAAGAUAUCACCUGAGCUUAUUCACUAUGGUUGUGUUGUUGACCUUCUUGGUCGUGCAGGCCGAUUAAAUGAAGCUAAAGAGUUCAUCGAAUCGAUGCCUAUUGAACCGGAUGCAUCAGUGUGGAGAGCCUUGCUCAAUGCUUGUCGGAUUCAUUCUGCCACUGAGUUAGUUGGAACUGUCUUUGAAAAACUUGUCGAAUUAGAACCCAUGAAUGCAGGGAAUUAUGUUUUGGUAUCUAAUAUAUACGCUGCAGCAGGGCUGUGGUUAGAGGUCAGGCAGACAAGAACAAUGCUCAGGGAAAAGGGUUUAAAACAGCCUCCGGGAAUAAGUUGGAUUGUUGUAAAAAGUCAGGUUCACUGUUUUGUUGCCUCAGACACAUCACACCUUCAAUCCGACGAAAUUUAUUUAAUCUUAAAUUCACUUUCAGUCUUGAUCAAAGAAAAUGGAUAUAUUCCUGAUCUUCAAUGGGUUUUCCGAGAUGAAGAGGGUUAGGUAGAAAGAGGGGUAAUAAUCUUGUUGUUCCGCACAUUGCUGAGAAUUGCAAGGGAAGAACAUGAAGAACUUCGUCUUCGCUGGAUUCUUACUUAGCCUUCAAGAACGAUUAUUCAGAUGCCGUGACAUGAAAGAAAAUCUUCCAGGAAUAUGAGUUUCUCAAAAGCAUGGAAGAACCACUGAGUAAUAGCAGCAAUUACAAACAUGGAAGAGCUCUCAAUUUUAACAGAAGUACCUUCAAUGCUAGCUCUUCGAAGCAGUGCUCCACAUUUUCUCGAGUUUUAGCGCUACAUUCAAGAAACAAACAUCCAAGAUCUUUUGCAAGUGAGAUCCCCUCUUCCCUACUUACAGCCCUUUCCGAUUCCU